AUGACUUCUCCUUCAUACAAGCCCCUAGUGCUCAUCGUCGGUGCAACUGGACGUACGGGUGGUGUAAUUAUCGACGCGCUCAUAAAAUGCGCUAAAUUUAGGACUGUGGCGCUCAUCCGGCCGUCUUCAGCCGCGAAACCCGAGGUCGAACAGUUGCGCGCUCGCGGUGUGGAGAUACGCCUCGGGGAUAUCACAGACACCGAGGACAAACACAAGGCAGUCUUGUCUGGCAUCGAUGUCCUCAUCAGUGCUGUCCAUUCGGAGCAUCUCACUGCACAGAAGCCGCUCAUCUCUGCUGCAAGGGAUGUCGGCGUAAAGCGUGUCAUUCCCUGUGACUUUGCGAUGCCUGGCGCGAAAGGCGUGCAGGACAUGCUCGACGAGAAACUUGCCAUACGAGACUUUGUCCGUGCCCUCGGUGUCGGCUAUACCUUUGUCGAUGUCGGCUGGUGGAUGCAACUCGCCCUACCGUUUCCGACGUCCAGUGAGGCCACCGGCUCGCCCUGGGUCCACAUCUCGCGCGAGUUCUACGCCAAGGGCGACAAGAAGAACCUCUACACGAACAUGGAGCACAUUGGCACCUACGUUGCGCGCAUCAUCGACGAUGACCGAACGUUGAACCAGUACGUCAUCAUCUGGGAAGACGAGCUCACACUCGAGGAGGUCAAGACCAUAGCUGAGAAGGCGUCUGGCGAGGAGGAUGUCCUCAGGGCAAAGAGAGUGGUGGUUGAAGCUGAUGAGCUCCAGAGCCGCGCCAAAGUUGCCAAGGAAGAGGCACUCCGUAACCCGAAUCCCGGCACACAAAUUCUGCGGCAUGGGAACCAGUUCAUGAUCAGUAUGCAUAUUCUGGGCGAAAACUCACUGGAGAACGCAAAAGCGCUGGGUGCACUGGACGUGCGAGAGCUCUAUCCGGAUAUUGUUCCGCAGAAGCUUGGGGACUUUGCCCAAACGUUUUACCAGGCCCCGUCCCUUCCGAACGUGCAGUAG